AUGGCAUGCCCUCAGAAAGUCCACGCCAGUGAAGGAUACCACAUCAACAUCAGGCCAGCCGAGGACAAUUCAACAAUCAUCACGAGUGACCUGGAGGUAUACCACAGUGCGAUGCUGAAGUACACCCAAAAGAGGCUCCACUUUGUCUAUAACUCCAUGAAGGCAAGGACACUGAUGUCUGUUAUGGACCACAAUGAAAAUGUCGGGCGCCAGCAACAGAGGAACGCUGAUGUUAUAGACAUGCAAUGGAGCCGUAGCCAAACUGUGGAAUCAGAGAGCAGUCUGGACGAAGGCGGCGUGUUCGAUUGCUUAAAACCCGACUCGCCCACGUCGCCCCAGCAGAUCUUUUCGGGCCUGGUGGGCGUUCCGUCUGGUGCCGUCUCUUCUGCCCAGUUCCAGGCGGCGAGUUUAGUGCUGGGCUCGCAUCCUGAUGUCUUCAUCCAAAUGACUACGUUAUCCCGGGAAGAAGGAGGCCCCCGUCGCCCCGAGGUUGGAGUGUUCCUGCCUCGUCCGCCCCACCAUCACCACAACUUCCAUCACCCGCCGCCGCAGCACAGGACUUCCUCUCUUCUCCAGCAGGCGGCAGCGGCCACCUCGGAGAGGCACCAUCAUGGCCCCAGGGAAGAGGUGGGCCAAGAAGACCCGUCUGCACCGGCUCCUGCCCUCUCCGAGCUGAAGGCAGUAGUCUCGUGGCUGCAGAGGGGUUUCCCUUUCAUCCUUAUCCUGCUGGCCAAAGUCUGCUUCCAGCAUAAGCUUGGUAUUGCAGUUUGCGUUGGGUUGGCCAGCACCUUCACCUACGCCAACGCCACCUUCAAGCAUCAGGUGUCGCUGCGGGAGGAGCGCUCGGUGCUAAUGGCCCUUUGGCUUGCACUCUUCCUUUCUGGGAAUGUGGCAUAUAUUUACUACGCCUUCCGCCAAGAGGAGCUGCAUAAAAGUGCCCGUCUGGUUUUUGUCUUCCUCAUGUUUUCCAAGCCCAACCUCAACGGUUUUGACUUCUUCGACCUAAUGUGGGCGGUGGGCAUCAACGACUUUGUUCUCAAGUUCGUCACCGUUGGACUGAAAUGCUUCGUCCUCCUUCUACCUGGCAUCUUCUUGGCUUUCAAGUCUAGGGGCAAGUUCUACCUGCUAAUUGAGGAGCUGAGUCAGCUGUUUCGUGCAUUGGUUCCCAUCCAGCUGUGGUACAAGUAUAUCAUGGGGGAAGAGCCUUCAGCCAGCUACUUUUUGGGAGCUGCGCUCAUUAUAAUCUACAGUCUCUGCAAGUCAUUUGACAUCUGUGGUCGAGCGUCAUCGCUGCGCAAGGCGCUGGUCCUUCUCUGUCACUCUCAGAGUUAUGGUAUGCGGGCAGGCAGCCAGCAGUGCAGCGAUGCCGGUGACAUCUGUGCAAUUUGCCAGGCAGAUUUCCGUGAGCCUGUUGUUCUAUUGUGUCAGCAUGUUUUCUGCGAGGACUGCCUGAGCUCCUGGUUGGAUCGGGAGAGAGUGUGCCCACUAUGUCGCGCAAAUGUCGUAGAGACGCUCCGAUGCUGGAAGGACGGAACCACCUCUGCUCAUUUCCAAAUCUACUAA